AUGGGCCUUUGUUUUCUUUGCAAUAUCAACACCAUAGAUCCCAAACACUAUUAUUUCUUCAUUCUUAUAACUAGAAUAGGUGUUGUGGCUAAACCUUGUGCUGAGUUUGUUGCUGGAGUACUUGCAAUAUGGUUAAAUGCAGGUGUAGCUGUUCCACUUGCACUCAGUUACCCUGAAGCUGAGUUGUUACAUGUCAUGACUGACUCGGAUGUGUCCAUGAUUUUGAGUACUGAUGAUCACAGGGAGCUUAUGCAAAAAGUUGCAGCUAAAACUACAGCUCAAUUUUCUCUAAUACCAAAUGUUCCUACUAUGACUUCACAAGCAGUAGAUAAUGGUGUUGUACAUCAAAAAGAGAAUGUAUUUGCAAAUAACAUAAAAGACGAUGAUCCAACAUUGAUUUUGUAUACUAGUGGAACAACUGGGAAACCUAAAGGAGUUGUUCAUACACACAGUAGCAUUUUAGCACAGGUAAUUUAA